AGGAGGACAAACCCUUAUCCGGAGGAGAAAAUCGCAUUUCUCCACUCCGUUCUUCUUCAGUUCUUCUCACUAUGCUAAAGACGAAAGUAAAAUAAAAAUCUCUCACAAUCUAUUGGCGCCAAACCGGCAAACAUGAGCGCCAGCAGAACUCUAAUCCGUUCAUCUCUUCACUCCCUCCAGUCUCUUCCCGUUUUCCACCCAAAACCUUUCUGCUUUCUCCGCCCCGCGUAUCCUCUGUCCUACUCUUCCCCAUAUACACGCAUUGGGGUUGGGCCCUACAGGGUUCGUAGGAGACCUUUUGGGUCAGUCCGAGGAGCAGUUCCGGUGGAAGUGCCGGAAUUCACGGAUGAGUCACCUGAGGAAGCGACAAAGGACACGGUUGAACAAUUGCUCGCGAAUCCUGAUGAUGUAGCAAGGUUUAUGAAAAUGGAGCGCAGGUCCACGACGAGCGACGGUGGUGAGCGUACAGGACGGGAAAGCCGUUGGUUCCCUUACCUGAACAGGUUCAAAUGCGGGAAUUUGUACCUGAACAGCGGGGAGGUGCUGGAGGCGCUGGCCCCUCACAUGAUGGAGGAGAGGAAGGAGCGGUUCCGGAGGGUGGCGAGUAACCGGAGCUUUUCCGUGUGUUUGGUUGUGGAAGGGCUCUCCGAUUUUGGGAAUGUUUCGGCCGCGUUUAGGUCUGCUGACGCCCUUGGGUUCCAGUCUGUCCACGUCGUAUCCUGUGAUAACUCCAAAAGAUACAGAGACAAUCGCCAUGUUAGUAUGGGUGCGGAGAAAUGGUUAGACAUUGAACUUUGGAACUCUCCACAAGAGUGCUUUAAAGUUCUGAAAUCACGUGGUUACCGAAUUGCCACAACUCAUCUUGGCAUGGAUGCAGUAUCCAUAUAUGACAUGGAUUGGUCAUGCCCAACUGCAAUAGUAGUGGGAAAUGAAGGCAGGGGUAUAAGUGAUGAGGCCCUUCAACUUUCAGAUUUAUGCUGCAGUAUUCCAAUGAAAGGCAUGGUGGACUCUUUCAAUGUUUCAGUUGCUGCGGGCAUCAUCAUGCACCAUGCUGUUUGUGACAGAAUUUCUCGUCUGGGGUGCCAUGGUGAUCUGACAUUAGAAGAGAGACAAAUCUUACGUGCAGAGUUCUAUUUACGUCAUGGAAAAAGUGCCAUAAGCAUUGCUCAUGAAUAUGCGAAGCGCAAGGAAGCCAUGCUUGUUUCGAAGCUAUGAUAUGGUUCCCUAUUUAUGGGAUGUCUGCCAAUUGACUUCUGAACAUUAUGGGAAGCAGAUGUAAGGUUGUCGAAGGGUGAAAUGAUGGAGAUAACCUGUGACUUUAUUCAUAUUGGCCAGAAGCAAAGUCCCAGCAUCAGUUGUGUUAAUGGAGGCAACAAAAUCCCUUGCUUAGCUAAGCCAGGCUGUCUCGGGGAAGAUAAUCCGCUCUGGAUGUUAAGUAUAUGACAUUUUGACUGUUGAUUGUUGAAUCACAAAGAUUCAUAACAUGCUUUUGUCUCUGAUAGGAAAAACCAACAUUAAAAUCUAUCUUCAUUUUAUGUAAUUUAGUGAUUAAGAGAUAUAAAGGGGAAAAUCUUUUUGAUGUUAUUUAUAAGCUGCUGGACCUUUCUUUUUGGAUAAACCUGUCGAACUUGAUUGGGUACUGUAAUGAUUUUGUUGCUGCCGGA